AUGGCUCGAUCAAAGAGAGGGGUUAGGUUCCCCAACCGAUCUGACGGGCGACGAUCAAGCUUCAGCAGCGAAGAUGGUGGUUCUCCAACCCAGCUCAAGUCCCAAUCUUCGGGCCAGCUGGAAACAGUAAACGAGAAGCAGCCUCCAGCCAACGAGAAGCAAGCCGAGUAUGAAAAGAAGAAGGCCAACUUCAUAACUCGCACGUUCUGGACCUUCGUCAUGUUCGCUUUAUUCUUUACAGCGCUCUUUAUGGGCCACAUCUACAUUAUCACCAUCAUUACCGCUAUACAAAUCGUCUCAUUCAAGGAGGUUAUUGCCAUCGCCAACGUCCCCAGCCGUGCCCGUUCCCUUCGAUCGACUAAAAGUCUCAACUGGUACUGGCUGGCAACUACCAUGUACUUCCUCUACGGCGAGACUGUCAUCUACUACUUCAAGCACAUUAUCCUGGUUGACAAGGUUCUGCUUCCUCUGGCCACUCACCACCGUUUCAUUAGCUUCAUUCUCUAUGUCUUCGGUUUCGUUUUCUUUGUGACCUCUCUUCAAGCUGGCCACUACAAGUUUCAGUUCACCAACUUCGCCUGGACUCACAUGGCUCUGUACCUCAUUGUUGUCCAGGCCCAUUUCAUCAUGAACAACGUCUUCGAGGGCAUGAUCUGGUUCUUCUUGCCCGCAGCUCUGGUCAUCACCAACGACAUUUUCGCCUACAUCUGCGGUAUUAUGUUUGGACGCACUCAGCUCAUCAAGCUGUCUCCCAAGAAGACUGUCGAGGGCUUCGUCGGUGCUUGGAUCAUGACCAUCAUCUUUGCCAUGCUCCUGUCCAACAUCAUGAUGCGAUCCAAGUUCUUCAUCUGCCCUGUCAACGACCUCGGAGCCAACAUCUUUACAGGCCUCAAGUGCGACCCCAACCCGGUCUUCCUUCCCAAGACAUACGAGCUGCCCGAGCUGUUCUUCCUUCCUGACACCGCCAACUUCUCCUUCACCAUUGCUCCUAUGCAGAUUCACGCUCUCAAUCUGGCCACAUUUGCUUCGCUCAUCGCUCCUUUCGGUGGUUUCUUUGCUUCCGGCCUCAAGCGUACCUUCAAGAUCAAGGACUUUGGCGACUCUAUUCCUGGACACGGAGGGAUCACUGAUCGCAUGGACUGCCAGUUUAUCAUGGGUUUCUUCGCCUACAUGUACUUCCACACCUUCGUUGCUAUCCACAAGGUCAGCCUUGGAUCAGUGCUCGAGACGGCAAUCACCAGCCUCAACCCCGAUGAGCAAGUCGAGCUCGUUAAGAGUAUGGGCCAUUACCUCCGAAACCAGGGUAUCGUGACAGAAGACGCCAUCGCAUGCAUUGAUCAACUCUUGCCUGCGAAGCAAUAA